AGUAGGUGUCGCUAUGACGUUGCAACACCAUCUCGGAUGCAAAAACUGGUGAUGGGCGGUGGGUGAGGUGUUGCAUAUGAUUGUGUGACUUUGGGGAAAAAUAAACAUAAUCUUCCAUGAACCCUCUGCUCCUGCUACAGCAAAAUUUUGAAGUGCCCAUGCGAACAUGCAGAGGUACCUGUGGCCUGGUUAUGAGGUGCAGCUUCUUGGGGGGCUGCAGAGACAACAGAACAGUGCCCAGUUCUGUGACACCCUGCUCCAAACUGAGGGUAUCUCAAUCCCAACCCACAGCUGCAUCCUUGCAGCUCUCAGCCCGUACUUGUCUCAGAAGCUUUCAGCCUCCCCCUCACCUCCAUCUGGACAGAAGCGUCAGCUCCAGCUCCAGACCGUGAAGGCCCAGACUCUGCUCAAGCUGGUUGGUCUGCUUUACUCUGGUGUGCUGGAGGUAAAAGGAAACAAUGAGAAGAGUGAUGUGCUGGCUGCAGCCCACCAGUUUGGAAUCACAGACCUUGUACGAGGACAGAAGGGUGGAGGGCCGAAAGAAGUCCAGGAAAGGAGGCCGAGUCUUGGGAAUUGCAGAGAGAGAUGGGGAAGCCUAAAAAUACAGGAGACACAUGUUGAGGCUGAGGUGGCUGGCACGGGAGAGGAAAAUUCACCAGUCAGAAAGAAAAUCUGUGUGUCUGUUGGCACACAGACAGUAACCAUUGUUGAAAAUUCAGUGGAUUUUGGAAAUCUGGAGCCUGCCUCCUCUGUAGCUCAAAGCCCGGAUGUUUGUGUCACUGUUCCACAUCUCACGCCUCGCCCCACCGUUCCCAGUGAUGGAGAGUCUACAUUUGGCCAAACUUGUGACAGUGUAACGAAUCCCACAUCCACUUCAUCUUUUUCCAUUGACACGGUGCCUUUUCCUACCAUCCGUAAUGAUUCCAGCUCCUCAGAAGCUCAGGACGACUGUUACCAAGAGUCAUCCGAGUCUGGAGACAGCGUCCGCUGGUUGGCCAGAGAAAGGGCAGGAUUGGAGGAUGGAGAAUCAAACGGCACGGCAGCUGAGAAUGAAAGAAAUGCAGAGCAGCCACGACAGGUCUGCACAGAUGAGAUGAACAAAAAACAAAACUCGAGUGAAAGGAGUCCUUCACAAUGCAGCACAGCGGUGAAAGAUCUAACCAAGAUGAAGGAGAUGAUGGAAGACGCACAGAUAUCCAUCAAGGUGAAGCUGAGGAGAAGAACGACAGGAGAGAUGUGGGAGGUGGUGAAGGUACAAAGCCCAGAUGAGACGUCAGUCCUGACAUCACUGACUCAGCCACAGACAGAUGCUGAGGAACUCGAGCCUCCUCCCUCCCCUGUCCACCCAUGCCCUGUUCAGAAACCAGAGAUCCAGAACCUUCCACCUGCUGUAACCAGCUCUCCCACACAACCAGAACAACACCACAACACCACCUCUGAAUCCCAGUCUUUAUCCACCAGCAGCUUCACCUCAAACCCCAACAGUGAGGUUGAAUCAGCGCCGGCGCCUCAGCCGCAGGGCUCUGUGGACGAGUGUGACGAGCAGAUAGAGAAGCUGUUAGAGGACGUCAUGAUGAGCCUGAACAUCCUGCCCAACUUUGAGGGUAACUGUAAGAAGUUGGAGUCGAGCCACAAUGUUUGCCGAGUCCCAGUUUCACAGGGUGACGCAGCCCAGGGUCGGAUGGAUCCUGUUACCAGUGCAGCAGAGUGUGCUUUCUUCCAGGAUUUGGAGUCACAAAGCAACCAGACGUCAGUGGAUACAGGUAUCCAUUGUUGUUUUGCAGGUCCAAACCAGCCCAAGUUAAUCCAGCAGCAGCAGCCGACUCUCCAGUGCAACUCAGCUGUCAGAUCUUUAUGGCAAAUCGAUGGAUUGAGCUGCCAGGGUUUACCUCCAUUCAAAAGUAAAUAUUCUCUGUAUCCGGAAACACCCACAGGCUCAGUCCUGUCUUCAGCUUUCUUCACCAGAGGCCAGAAACUCCAUUACCCAGCAUUUCAGCCACCAUCCUCACAAGAUGAUCAACACCGUCUCGAGUUUUUACCUCUGCCAAAUGGAAAUGGGACACAAUCUGAACCCACUUUUUCCUCACCUUGCAUGGAUGACUUGCGGCUUCCUCAGCGUCUCUCCCCAUUAGAGCCAAGCACAUCUGCAGCUAAAGGUCAGCCUCUACUCAACAACUCGGCAAACCCCAAACAGGGUGUCCAGCAGCAGCCAUCCUUACGUAGGAGACCCUGGCUCUCGGACAACGCUGGUUUACUGCAGUUUCCCUUUAGCAGCAUCAUUUGCACGGGUCAUAAAAGUACAUCUCCGUCACCAGAUCCAGAUCACAGCUGUCAGUCAAAGCAAGAGCAGCAGGAGAAGGAUUCACAUCUAAAAAAUGGAGGAACUAGUGCAGAAGGUUGCAAAGGGAAUAGCUUGAAAGAGAGAGGAAAAAAAUCAGCAGCAGAAGUAAAAUCGUACUCCAGGAGGCUGAAGGAGAGUUUCAAAUAUAGACAUGAUGACACUACAGGAGACGGGAGGAAGAGAAGGCGCACAAAUGAUCAACAAGACUCCACCGGUUCUUGUUCUGCGUACAAAGAUUUAAAAGUCAGUGAUGGAACAAAGGAUUGUUCAGUGAGUUUGUCGAGUAACAAUGUGCUAUUGAAGGAAAGAGAAGAGACUAUCAGGUCUUCAAACGCACCAUCUGGACUUCCAGGGAAACCCAGUAAAAUGUCGCCCGUCAUUGACAAUGGGGGAGAAAAACCCUUUGGCACCAAGCCGUCUCGGAUCAGGACCAGGGCCUUUAUAAAAAAAUCUCAAGAGGCAGCAAAUGACACAACCCCACCUGAAACGCCUUGCAUUUUCAAGCCUGUCGUCAGCAGAGCUCAGCUUGUGAAUCAGGAUGGUGUCUUGCUUGUGAAAAGGAAACGUGGUAGACCCCGAAAAAUAAGACCUGUAGAGGAAUCUUCAGAAAGUGUUCCUGCCAUUGUUGAAAACAAUGAAAAUGGCGACAAUGCGCAGGUUGACAGGAACCUGCCAAAAGAGCAGGAGGAGAAAAAAAUGGAGAAGACGUGCAGAAAACGGAGGAGGAAUGAGAGCGAGGUGGAGGUCAGCCCAGUGAAGAAGACUGCGAGUGUCGAGCACACUGAAAAGGCUGAAGAAAUGAAUGCCUGUGACGUAAAACCUGGGACAGUGAAUCAGCGGCACAUGGUCACUCUGAAGGACAUUCAGAAGCUUAUUAAAUGGCAACAAGCACGAAGGAUGAAGUCCAAACAGACCCAGGAAACACAUGAACCUGUAAAAGGCACAGAUGGCAUAUUGGAGAAAGGAGCGGACAUUAAAGACGGGACAAACUCUGAAGAACAUCACAAAGGUUCAAACAUCGCAGUUGAUAAAAAUCACAAUCUUCUUUUGAGCCCGUCUGCAGAGACAAACGGCCGUAUGAGCGAGAAGAGGAGUUUGGAUGGUGAUGAAGACCACCCAGUGUCCUUAGACGUUGUGGAGGAAGAUGAAGCCAAGGUGACAACGGAGAGAGAGCGACCACUGGGAAGACCUGAUGAAGGGAAAUCGGAUACAACAGGGUCUCCAUUCCUCAACGAUGACUGCUCAUCUCACAGUGACACCCUCCUGCCUGAAGAAAACACAGCUUUGGACUUGUUGCACCCCUUGACUGUGAAGAUAACCAGUACAGACAAAAAGGGAAAAGAGGAGGAGGAAGAAGAGGUGGAUGUCCUGGUUUGCUCCCCAGAAAAAGCACCUCAGACCAGAGAGUGUGAGGGGUUCCUCAACAACAUAGACAUGACUCCGAAUGAAGAUGAGGAAGAUGAUGUGAAUGAGAUUGACGUGACUGGAGACGAAGCAGAGUAACGUCAUGUACGUGUGUGUAUUUUUUACCCCGUCCAGUGGUCGGCUCUCACUCUAAUACUGUCUCUGUUCUGGUUGUAUUUAUGUUCACAUGUCACAUGAAGUUGCGUAUAAAGAUUCAUUUUUACAUUCUUCACUUCAUGUUUGCACCACUUUGGGUUUUCGUUUAGUUCCUUGUGUAUGCGGUUCAAAAAGAUGUUUAAUUUCCAUUAAUAAUAUGCUAAAGAAAAAGUUUACAAUAAGUUUGUUUUGUCAAUUUUAUACAUUUUACAUUUUCAGCGAAAUUGUCAGAUGAAUAGAGGAAAAGGCACUUGAGUGGCCUUCAGUGAUGUCCCUCUGUAUGUUUCCAAUGUGGAAAAGAUCUGUUGUUUUAAGUCUAUAUUUGUAAAAGUGUUUUAUGUACAUCAGUACAUAAUAUAAUUAUGGUUUAUUAAACGUUUUCAUGUGA